AUGGCCGACAGCUCGGUCCACUCUCGCCCCAUGGCAGCCCAGGGCGCAGAGGAUGGAGAAGAAGACCUGGAGGACGUUGAAAAUACUGACCAAGACUACGCACAGGAUCGCGAGAACGAUAGCGAGUUUGAGGCGACCGAGGAGGAUUUGUUUCAGGGUGGUCUCUACGAACCAUCCGUCCGGAUUCAAGUCCAGGGGAGUGAAGAAGAGAGUGAAGGGCCGGGAGGCGAUGGAGUGCGCCCACGACCCGGUGCACCCGAAGAACGGUGCGAGGCGAGGCUCUACGGCUUCUCCAUCACACUGACCAAGGACUGGAUCAAGGAUGCUCGGGAUUAUCUCAAAGUCAAGCUGAAGGAUCUGAACGACGAGCAAGUCGCAGGGUGCAGCAUUCGAAAGAUUCGACUUGGAAACCUGUUUGUCCGCAUGACGCGGAGCACAUCACACCUCGACGACUAUCUAGACGUUUUCAUACUCGUCGUUGUUUCCAGGAAGUCGAAGACCAACCCCAACAACAAGCUGAGUCAUCAGUUUCUUGCAAGGCAUAGGGACUGGCGGCUCUGCGGAAUGGGCCAUGUGUUCCUGUGGCUUUAUUUCAUCUACGACCUCGUUCCUCUGCGCUACGGCCCCGGUAUCGUCGAGCCUCUCGACUUUUCUGAACCGAUCUUGUGGACGAAAGCGCACCUCUUCUUUUCUUUGAAGAAGGGCGACCAGGGAAAGCAGAAGCAAGACGAGAUGCACUACAAAACGCAUAACACCUGGAUUAAGUGGGCCAUGACGAAGGCGAGAUGGAUUCUGAGCAAGGUAACACAUGCAUUCCGCAGAUCCGGAGCGCAACAACUCCAUGACGACGGUUGCUCCGACAACGAUAUCGGCACUCUGGGCGGAUGGGCGCAGGGGGAGUUGCGGAGGUGUUAUGUGUUCGGCAUACCGUUCAAGCCGGUUUGGCUGCUGGCAGGAUUCAGCGGGGAUCGUGGAGACUACUACAUCGGCAGAGCCCGCGCCAAGCUUCCGCGGCAUAAGGUUAAGGAGAAGGAUGAGUGGUUGCAGCUCUUGGAUCUCUUGAGGCUUCACAUUUUCCCCUGGGUCGAAGAGGGUUGGAAGAAGGUCGAAGAAUGGAACGCUGCGCAGACCGAUCCGCUGAAGAGGCACUAUGCGGGGGCGAGGUUCCUAGACACCCUCGCGAGCAUCGGACGCCUCGUUGUUGCACAGGAUCUGGCUAUGAUGUGGGCGUUCUGCCAUCAGCACGGCGACGCUAUUUUUCGCACGACCGCAGAAGAGAAGCUGCAUAAGAUGCACCUCACCGCCAAUAUGCUCAGGGAGGAGCUUGGGAUUUUGAGAGGACGUGAAAUGCAGUUGGCGAUGGAGAAUGCUGAACUGAGGGAGAAACUCGCCGCUGAGCGAGAGGACAAGGCUCGGGUCAUUGCAGAGUUCGAAGCAUACAGGAGGUCUGUUGCGGCCAGGGAUGACGCGGCAAACACCUCUGCAGAGAUCGACGGAUCGUCGAAGAGCGCGGGAACAGGAGGAAACCAGGCAACGGAUGCAUCCAAAGCACCAGUUGCCGUCGAAGAAUUCUUCGUCGUGGUCGUUGUGUCUUGGCGCGAAGCCACCACUGUUGCUGCUGCCUGGAAAGUGUGGGUGCAGCCAAGCCUCAUCAUGGGCGGCCGGUCAUUGCGCGAAGUCUUUGCAGAGUUCGACCGGUAUAAGAAGAAGGACAAGAAUUCCAGCUUCAUCACUGCAUAUUCCCGGUUCGCUGUCAAAGGUACGCCCGGGAUGGCUGUGGGUGCAUGCGAGCGAAAGAUGCGUCGCGUGCAUCGUGUCAUGGUUUCCGUGGAGACGCUAAGAAAAGACAGCUCCGAGGCGGCGACCGCAACGGCCAUUAAGCUGCUGGACGAGGUUUUACUCGUGUGCAACUUCACGGAAUUCACCAACGGCCUGGCUGUGCUGCAUGAGACUCCGACCAUCAAGAAACAGAAGACCGGUUCGUCGACGGAAAAGAGGACCGUCAACGACUUGGCGCAACGCAGAGUGGGCUGGCUGUUAGUCAAGAAGGGCCUUCGCGACCAGGAGUGGGCAACUUCGCUGUUUGGUGAUGAUGAGUGGGAGGAGAUCCACAAGGAACACAUGGCGCAAGAGAAGGCGGAAGAGGAGAAACAACGAACCGCUGCGGCGAAGAAGGCGGAACGGGAAAAGGCGAAGGGCGAAGCGUCGAAACGCAAGGAGCAGAAAUGA